UCGUCCCGGCGAUUGGGUUGCCGGAGCUUAAUUCAAACUAGUUGCAAAUAUAGUCCCAGCCGUCCUUGAGCUAGUCACGGAUCGGCAACUGCCAACUGAAGAGUAAAGUACCGAGACUAGUCGACUCAAAUAUUUCGGUACUUGGAUUGCCGGAACCUGUUUAAACUGCCACCACAGUUGAACUAGUUCCGGCAUCCAGGUUGCCGAGAAUAGUUGACUCGAAACAACCCUUUGGGCACAGCAAUCGUUUCUUGCUCCUUUUUAACGGGCUUCUUGCUCCUUUUAACGGGCUCAGGGCCUCCCACGGUUGGAGAAUGGAGCGGUGGGUUCCCCUUCUCCAAAUCUUCCUCCGCUCUCCCUCCCCCGAGGGAGAAGCCUCUCUUUGGUUCCAGAACCAAAACCACCGCCGCCGCCACCACCGCUCCCAGCCGCACGCUCCGCCACUUCCUCCUUCCACCUCCUCAUUCCUCUCUCUUCUACUCGCUCCCACUUCCGCUCUCCAACUCAAAGCACCUACGGCCUCUUCCUCCCCAGAACGCCACGAACUCAUCUGGAUCCAAAUCCUUCCUCCCACCCUCCAAUCCCGCAUCCUCUCUUUCCUGGCCGUCGAGAACCACCGCUUCUGCCGCCGCCGCCUCCGCUCCCUCGCCGCCCACAUUCUCGGUUCCAACACCCCCGCCUCCCCUGACUUCUGGGUCCGAAAGGCCGCCCUUAACCUGCUCGACGCCGUGUCCUCUUCCGAUCCGACUCCCUUGGAACCACUGCUCCCGGAGCAGCAUCUGCAACAGGCCUCAGAAGAAGAAGAAGAUUUUUAUGCUCUGCCACAAUGGCUAAAGGAUUCCGCCUCCGCCGCCAAUCCUCUCCUUCCUUGGCUUCCUCUUCCCGUCGGCCCAUCGCCGAAGACUGCUCGUCGGGCUUUUGGGCUCUUUUCUGACGACAAAAAAGAAACCAUAGACUUAGUUACCGAGCAAGAGGAAGAACAAGAACAAGUUCGACAAAAUCGCGAACCCGAGUCAUCUUCAUCGUCAGCUUCUCCUCUUCCUCCUCUUGAUCCUCAGAUUCACAACCGGGCAUCCGCUUUAAAAUCCGACCUUUUAGCGUCGGAUUCCGCGUCAGAAGCCAUACGACUGGCCCGCGAAAUCCGGCAGCUCUGCUUGGACUCCGGAGCCGGGAAUCAGCUUACUGUUCUGGGCCUGACCGAACCAUGGGAAGCUGAUGAUUUAACUGUAUCGCUCCUCCUAUCACAUCUUGCGGGCGAAGACGGCUUAAACUUUGUUGGAUGGCCAAGCCAUGUUCUAUGCUCCGUUUCCCUUCCCAAGCUGCUGGUCCUCCGGAGCACAGCUUCCCGUGUUCUGCUAUCGGCAACAAUUGGCUUCUGCAAGCUCCAUCCAACAGCUGCCGUGGAGGCUCUUCUCCUCCCGCUGGCCCUUCGCAAGGAAGGAAUCAAUGUCAUGAUCUGUGAUGCAAUGACUAGAAUUCUGAGAGAAUGCUUGCAUCCGUCUCAUGUUUCAGCCUUCUGCCAGAGGCUGCUCUGUGGAGAAUCUAAGGAUAGGAGGCCGGUCUGCCUGCCCUGCCACCGGGAGUUGAUAUUUGAUGAGUUGGUAUGGACGGAGCCGCUGUUUAUGCUGUUCCAGCAUAUACUGAAUUGGGACGUUCCCUUGACGCCAGAUACUACCGACCGGCUCGUGUCCCUGAUUGAUGAAGUGGCUGGCAAAUUCUCGACAUCGCUGAAGUUUGGGAACUUCAUGUUAGGUCUUGUGACCAAGUGUGGACGUGCAUCGAGCAUUCACAGGGUUUUGUUGGAGAGAGCGGCUGGGAAGACUGACACCUUCGUGACCAAAUCUAUAUUAUCAAAAUUGGCUGGGAAAGACCAAGAAGCUGCUUCCUGCUUUCCAGUGGGCGGCACACAAAUCCACUGUGGAGUGCACCCACGGGAAUUCUGAUGCCAAGAUGCAGAGGCCGGUGGCGCGUUCUGCUGCUCUUUUUCUGUUUGUUUUCGCAUAAGAUUGUGCUUUUGUCAUUGGAUUUUGUUAAGCCGUGCAAAUCUUAAGGUUUCCUUA